GACAGAACUCCAGCUGCAGCAGACAACCUUCAAAACAUAGAAAAACUUUGGGAGAAUUUGAACCAACGGUGUCGGUUGUCUGGUCAGCCUCCAAGAUGCUUCGCCUUCUGCUGCUCCUGUGUGUUUGUGUCACAGUGACAGGACAAGCUCUGUCUUGUGCCGUGGUAGGUUGUCCUGCUGGACUGGACUGCAUCAACGUAAAUGGAGUUCUGCAGUGUGUCGAUCCCUGCUCCCGUUACACUGAACUGCGUGACGAGUGGCGCUCAAUAAAUAGCCAAGACCAGAGCAAUUUGAAGUGUGACCAGAAUGUAAAUUGGGAUGGCUGGUAUCGAUUUUACCUCAGUCAGAAAAGUGCUUCUAUUCCAGAAAAUUGUGUAGAAAAAAACCGAUGUGGAACUCAUGCUCCUUUGUACAUAACAGAGCCUCAUCCCACACAGACCAAUGAAAUCGUAACUCGCACUGUGUGUAAUCACUGGGAAUCUUCCUGUUGCUAUUUUCCCUCACACACCAUAAAAGUCAAGCUCUGCCCUGGAAACUUUUACGUUUACAAACUUGCAAAACCAUCAGUUUGCCACCUUGCAUAUUGUGCAGAAAUAGUUUCUCGGAAUGUGUUUGACAUUAAAGCAAUAAGCCAAACUGAGUCCAGCAUCGUUCUACAGUGGAGCAGAUUAAACAACAUUAUCAGCUUUAUCAUCCAGUAUAACGGUAGAGAGAUACCAGUCGGAGCACCGAGUGGAAAUGGAGCCGUAACGGUCACAGUUUCUUCCCUCACAGCAGCAACUAACUACAUAUUUACUGUUUUUGCUGUGGUUGGAAAUGUCAGAGACCGUGGAGUCCAAUUUACAGCUGCCACUGCUCCUCCAGAUCCAUCUGGCUUGGUGUCCCUGAAUGAAACUGAGAGCAGUUUAGCUCUGCAGUGGAACAGAGUGAACAACGUCAAAAGCUUCGUUCUCCAGGUCAACGGUAACAAGACAAGAAUCGAUGCGCCAGCUGGAAAUGGACCAGUAACUUACACCGUCUCGUCUCUUUCUGCUGAAACCAAAUACACGUUCACUCUCUUCUCUGAGUUUGAGAACAUCAGAAGUACUGGAAUACAACUUAUUGCUCAAACUGGUGCUGCUGCGGAGAAAUUUGAUAAAGCUACAAAGUUCAACCUCACCUUGUGUCCGAUAUCUUUCUAUCAAAAUGUUUACCAGAAGGUUUAUGUGAACUUCACCAAUAAGAACUUUGCGAUCUGUUUCAACGGUUUCUAUAACUCUGACAGCAACGACGACUGCAUUAUUGGACCUAAACCUGACUCUGGCCAGGCCAAAUUCAUCAUAAGGGAAAAAGAUUCUUCAUAUGAAGCUCAAAGCAAAGCAGCAGUGAAAACCAUCAGGAGCAGCAUGACGUGCUCUGUGCAUUUUGACAUGAUGUUCAUGAACAAAGCUGUAAAACUGAACCUCCUCAGUUUUGGGAAGCAAACAGCUCUGCAUUUCAGUUCUGUCUCCAGUGAGGCAAAAGUGAUGGCGGAUGUAGCAGUUGAGGGUAAGCUAGUUGGGUCUGUGUCUCUCGGGUCGGCUGACUCUGGGUUUGCAGACAUCAGUGGAUGCAGAAUCUCAGGUGUUGGGAUUUUACCUAAUUCAACAGCCUAUUUUGAAAAAACCUGCAGAAACUUCAUCUGCAGCAUCGACAGAUCUGUCACAUCAACCGGCUGUGGUGAGCAGGAGGAAUGUGACGGAAGCGGCAGAUGUUUUAAGAACCAAAUCUGCACCGUGACCGGCCCCACUGUCAUCGACUUCCAAGGUCAGCAGAGCUCUGUAAAGGACCGGUGUGUGUACUCGCUGGUGUCAGACUCAUCCAGCGGGUUUGAAGUGCUGGCUAACUUCCAGGAACGCCGCCGUAGAGAUGUGAGCUUCCUGGACAGUGUGAGCCUUCGACCUGCUGGCUCAGAGGUUUACUUUCACCUGGAACAAGGUGGCAGGAUUAAGAUAAACGAGACAUUGUUGACCCUAAAAAGUCCAGUCCAGCAGUUUAAGGACAUUUCAUUAAGCAAGGACAAAAAUGGACUCACAGCAACGUCUUUGUUCUCUGGGCUCAAAAUGUCGGCGUUGUUUGAUGGCUACACUGCACAGAUCCACAUGAGAGUACCUGUUGGAUCAGCGAUGAAGGGUCUGUGUGUUGACUCCAGAAAUAUGUCAAGUGUGAAGCUUCUUGACAUCAGCUCUCCAAGCUGUGAAAGGCAGUAUGAAGACCCUGUGGACAGUCAAAUAGACCGCAAACUGAUCAGUGAACAAUGUAACCUGUUGAGGGCCGCCCCGUUUUCCUCCUGCAACAAAAACAUCGACCCGACUCCCUACAUCAGCGCCUGCAACAAGACUCUGUGUGAAUAUUCUUCAGCUGAUGGUCUGGGCUGUCAGUUCCUGUGGGCGUACGCCACAGCCUGCAAGCUAAAGAGCAACAUAACACUGGACAGAUGGUGGUCAGAUGCAGGCUGCUCCGAGCCUCAGGCGCUUUGUCAGGACAAGCUCUGCAGCGAUCAUGAGUUCUGUGGCAGGAAACACAGCGGGAAGACUGGCUGCCUCUGCAGAGCUCUGUUUGCCUCCAAAUACAAACUUUCUGGCACUCUGGGUGAGCCGGCUGUGUGUAGGAAGAACUCUGGUUCAAUCACUCUGGUUGGAUGUCUGCUGGAGGAAAAAGGCGUCAACUACUCAGUCCUACACCUGAAUGACCGGAGCUGCAGGGGCGUGAUGGACCAGGAGAACCACAUGGUGACCUUCAGCUUCGACAGCAGCAACACCUGCGGGACGGAGAUCAUGAAUAAUGGAAGUUGGAUAAACUACAAGAACACCAUCAUAACCCAGAACAGUUCUGAUGUCGUCACUCGCCACGAUCAAGUCUUCAUCGACUUCUCCUGCUACCACACUCAACCCGACAUAAAGAUCGUGGCCUUAAAAAUUAAAGAUAACUCUGUGGUCCAGCACAUCAGGUCUGGAGAAUGGAGCUACUCUGUGUCGAUGAAAGUAUACGAGGACGGUGCCUACACCCGGGCUGUAAACUCUGGUGUUCUGCUGAACCAGAAGAUAUGGGUGGAGCUGAAGACGGACGGGCUGGAUGCGAAAACCAUCGCCGUGGUGAUGGACUCAUGCUGGGCAACCAGCAAGGAAUCACACGACGUCAAACCAAGAUAUGACCUGAUUAUAGAUGGCUGUGCUGACCCGAAUGACGGGACAGUGGAGGUGGAGGGAAACGGAGCGGGAACCUCCACCUACUUCUCCUUCAACAUGUUUGAGUUUUCUGGGAACUCUGGUGACGUUUAUCUGCACUGCAAGAUCCAGCUGUGUCCUAAACAGGAGAACAACUGCAUCCCGGAUUGCUACAAUGAACCUAUAGGAGAACGAAGAUCUGUUAGAUCACCAAAGACAAAUACAUAUCCAGCCAUCAUCAGCAUGGCCUGGGUUCAUUAGGCUGCAACGUGGUUUCCAUGUGAAACUGGACCGAUGGACCGACUGCCGACCUUUACGAUGAUUCCUGACAUCAAUCCGGAUCCACAGAUGGGAUGUUUGGAAAUCUGGGAUUAUUUCUCACUUUUUGAUGCUUUAUCAUCUAAUAUCUUGAGAGGGAAUUGGUUUUUAGUACAAUUAAUGUGGGGACUGGGAAAAAGUCAAUCAUAGCUUAAUCCUGAAAUUGUUUUUUCAUAGAUGUGAAUUAAUUAGAUGAAGGGAAGCAUGAGGACUGCAUUUGAUUAUAACUUUAUAUUUUUAAAUUGAAUUGACUUCUUUAAAAAAAAUACUGACAUUAAUCUUUUUUCUUUCACUUUUC